GCAGGAAGAGAGACCAAGAGUAGAAACUAGAAAGGACUAAAAUCUUGAGAUCACGGAUUGGAUAAAGGAGACCUGCUUUUGCCAGGCUACUUCCCACCAAGGUUUAAAAUUCCUGAAUUUUUCACCAAAGAAAAAGAAGGGGGGUGGGUUGGGAAUUGGAAAUGGGAUCAGCUUCUAUCAAUUCCAAUUCAAAUCAAAUCAGAAAGAAGAACACUGAAUUUCACACAUAUCUGUGAAAAAUUUUGAGUUCUUGAUUCAGAAGACUUGUAGUUCUUAUUACAAGAGAGUAAGUUUUAUCGAUUGUAUACUAUACUUUGCAUUUAUGACGGAUUCAAAAGAGUAUUACGGGAAUAAACGGAAACAACCAGUCCAGGCUUUCCAGUUUCCACAGUUCCAAACUUCCAAGGGUUUUGGCCAAACUACGUUGUUACCCUGCGCACGAAUUAGGGUUUGUGACUUGAUGCAUCUUUCAGAGUUUUAACGUAAAAUCCACUGAAUUUUGCCGCCUAGAGAAGAAAAAAAUAGAAUUAGUUGCAGUCUUGAAGCUAUUUUAUCUUGAGGGUCUGUGUCCAUAUAAAUAGUAAUAGAUCUACUCCUCUAUUCGUUUCUUCUUGUGCACACGGUGUUAUUGUCUCCUUCUCCCAAAGGUAUUUAAUGGGUUUCUCUCUCUCUCUCUCUCAGUCAUCGAGAUUCCUCAGUUGGCAACCGAAAACCCCUAGUCGGAAGAUAUGGUGGAUGACGCCGGGAGGGAGCAGCCAUGGGGUAAUCGUUAGUAUCGGCGAUAGCGGUGGCUGGUCAACGGGUAGUUUUUGAAGUGGUGGAUUUUAGGUAGACGGACAUGUCCCUGAGAAUCAAAGCAGUGGUCGACAAGUUCGUGAAGGAGCUGAAAUAAGCUCUAGAUGCAGAUAUCCAAGAUCUGAUCAUGAAGGAGAGGGAAAUGCAGAGCUACAUCGAAGAGAGGAACAGAGAGGGAGGCUGAGCUUUCUCGUCGAGAGAAAAUGUUCGAGCAGUGUCCCUGGCUCGCAUGCAAUCCUCAUCAAGGUGACUCCCCCCUUACGAUGAAUAUCAAAGCGGAACAAACAUGGCGUCACUGUGAUUCGUGAUAGCUACCCAACAAAUAAGUCUUCAAAUGCAUGGUUUCGCACAGGAACCCACCAACCAAAAGAUUUCCUCCUCUCUCAAGCCAAAGCCAUCGGCCUUGAAUCAAAAUCCCUUGAAUUCGUCAGGGGCAUCCCUGUUGUUCUCCUGAAGUGGCAAGGCCGGACAUAUCUAUGCCAGAGGAUCUCAGGACAUGAAGUGUGUUGGGAUGCAGUACCUGGAGGCCAUCCGCCGAUUGAAGAAUUCUGGGUUCCAGCCGGUUAGGACUGUUUACGUUUCGUUUGUUCCAGACGAGGAAAUAGGUGGCCAUGACGGGGCUGAGAAAUUAGCCGAGUCGGAAGAUUUCAAGAAAAUGAAUGUUGGAAUUCUCCUCGAUGAAGGGAUCGCAUCGACAAAUGAAAAUUACCGUGUUUUCUUUGCGGAGAGGUGCCCAUGGUGGCUUGUGAUUAAGGCUACUGGUUCCCCUGGUCAUGGGUCAAAACUGUACGACAAUAGUGCAAUGGAGAACCUACUGAAGAGCAUCCAGAUUGUGAGGAAGUUCCGGGCUGCCCAAUUUGACAUGGUAAAGGCAGGACUGAAGGAAGAAGGUGAGGGCAUUUCGGUGAAUAUGGCAUUUUUUAAGGCCGGCACACCAUCUCCAACUGGGUUCAUUAUGAAUUUGCAGCCAUCUGAAGCUGAAGCAGGUUUUGACAUUCGGGUCCCACCGACUGCUGAUGAGAAAUUGUUGGAGAAACGGAUUGAAGAGGAAUGGGCACCUUCUUCACGGAACAUGACAUUUGAGUUUAAAAGCAAGGCUUCCACUCUAGAUGACUUUGGGAAGCCAGUCCUCACUGCUACAGAUGGCUCUAAUCCAUGGUGGGCACUUUUAGAAGGGGCAGUAAAGAAAGCUAAUGGCAAACUUGGCAAACCAGAACUUUAUCCAGCCUCAACAGAUGCUCGAUACUACAGGAAAGGAGGAUUGCCAGCAAUUGGCUUCUCUCCCAUAGCGAACACUCCUAUUCUGCUCCAUGACCAUAAUGAGUGUCUAAAUCAAGCGGAGUACCUGAAAGGAAUUGAAAUAUACGAGUCAAUAAUCGAAGCAUACGCAUCUUACACUGAGCACACAAGGAAUGCUGCUUCCAGAGACGAGUUGUAAGAGAGCAAAUAUGGCCCAUGUCCUGUCGUGACUGCACAUGUUUUAGCUUCAUUUUAGUGUAGCAGGGAUAAGGGAUGUUCCCCACUUUGGAAUUGUAACAGAGAGAGAUGCAUAAAUGGAGAUCACAAUCUCCUAUGCCCACUGUACUGAUUUGAAAUAUAAGAUGUAUUCCACUGGUUGAACAUUGUUCUGAUUCAGGUAUUAUCAUCACUUGAGGGUAUGUUCUGAUGGCCAAUGAGGCACAUUGUAAUUUAAUCCUUAAUAACAUUUGCCAACAAUUGCACUGGUAGGUGCCAUCU